GAUACGUCACAGUUUAUAAAGCCGCGCCUGUGCGACCACAAGCCACAGCCGUGAAGAAGCCAAACUCACGGCCAUAGUGAGCCUUCACAUUUUUGUUGGAUUGCACCAUGGGUGUUACUUACUUCCUCUUUCUGAGCCUUUGCCUUGGCGUCGCAACUCAAGCUCAAGACUGCUCCCGACCUGUAGGAGGAGACAACAUGGGUUUGAAGGGCAACGACAUUCUCUUGGAUACAUUUGCAGAUCAGAUCAAAGUUACUUUUACUUGUGAUGUUGGCUACACCUCUGCAGGAGGGUCUCCAUCCAUUACUUGUACCGCUGGCGAGUGGAGUCCUUUGCGGCUGACAUGUGAAAGGAAAAACUGUGGCACUGUUGGAGAAGUGGCAAAUGGACACAUUGAAUACCCUGACGGGACGCAGUUCGGCGAUAAAUACGUGGUCAUUUGUGACACUGGUUACAAUCGGGUGGGACAAGCUUCAAACAUCUGUGGAUCUGAAAGCGUCUGGUAUGGCAGGUUGCCUGUAUGCGAAGUGACGACUUGUGAUCCGCCGCCGGCUGUAGUGAACGGCAUCUUCAGUCCAAUCAAAGAAGUCUAUGACUACAGAGAAGUUAUACAGUACUCUUGUCUCAAUGACAUUACGCUCCAUGGAUCGAAAACAAGAUCGUGUUCGAGCGAUGGCACGUUUGAGCCUGCUCCCCCGACAUGCAAAAUUGUUCUAUGUGAAGAACCUAAUAUUCCAGGAGGCAACUGGUACGAGGGUUCUCGACCGCCCUACAGGUACAUGUCUACGGUGACGUACAGGUGCAAAUCUGGCUUUACUAUGAAAGGAGAGGCCACCAUAGUCUGCGGAAUAGAUGAUCAGUGGUCACCUGCACUUCCAACAUGUCAACAAAUCAUAAUCCCACCUAAAGUCACCACCACCACCGCCACCGCCACCACCACCACACGCACCCAGAGACCGACAGCGGCGCCGUCUCCCUCCACACAUGCAGCUCACACUACUGCUCCGUCAUCUCCUCCCGGCCCCCCGGCCCCCCCCGGCAAUGAUGGAAAUGCCUUGGCUAUCGGGUUGGGUCUUGGUUUGACGGCCGUAAUAGCUCUCCUGGCGCUCUGCGGAUGCCAUUACUUUGGACUCCUGGAAUCCUUCAAGGAAAAGCGACGCUCUCGGAGAGGCAUUCCUGACACUGUGGUUCCAAAAGAUGGAGAGGAGUUAGCGCUCUCGUAAACGUUGCAGUCCUGUUGGUCCAACAUUACUGGAUGUGAAGCUGCGCAGCUGAGAGGAGGAACGCCACCGGAGAAGUGUUUGAAUGUUUCACGUGGCGCAGACUUACAGAAGGAUUACUUUCUGCUCGCCGGUCUGACGUUCAGAGAAGCUCAGUCUUUAGCUUACGCUUGAAGCGCUUCCUUUCACAAUAAUUUCAAUCGUUUUAAACUCGUAACCACUUUUUUUUAUUCUGCAUAAUUGGAUCCCGUGAUGUCCGGGAGGCCUUCCCUCUGCAACGACACAACUGUUUGUGUGCUGUAAUUAUGAAGGAGUCAGAUUCCACGUAGACAUUUUUGCACUAUAGCGCAGCGCACGACUUUUAUAACUACAGCGACGGUCGAAAACAAGCAAAAUCAUUAGAACGUUUGCCUGCUCGACUUUAAAUAUAGCUCUUAGGAUUAUUUAUGUUUAGACUUCAGAAACAUUGAAAGGUGUCGCUGUUUGAGGCCGAAGAACAUUUGUGUGACUGAAAUGAUUUGUGUAAAAGAAAAUAAAGUAGUUAUUUAACCGCCUAACGAUGGAUCUGUAGUCCGUAACGCGGGCCUGAACAUCAGAUCCCUACGCCUUAAUGUUCAAAGCCAAGUGUCUUAGCUUGUUGUCAGUCGCUUACCUGAGCUUAGUUUUUAUGCUAAAUAAUUAGCAUGUUGUGUUUGUGCCAAGACGCUUCACCAAGUUAAGUUAAAUGGGUUCCCUGACAAAGAAAUAAAUAUUAAUUUUGAUUAAUAAAGAUUGUAUUUUUCCCUCCAUUUGUUGAUAAGAGAGAAGCCAACUUUGAGAGUUGUGUCUGUCGUUACGUAAAGAUGUAUUAUCUGUGAUUUAUGAAUGUUUUGCACCUUUUCUGUAUUUAUUAAACACAAAUUUGUGCCACAACAUAUUAAUUUUAUGUUUUCAAUGCAGGCUUUUAGUUUGACACUGUCUCAGUAAUCUAAUGAAAUAAACUGCUUUCUUUAUAUACUUUAGCAUUUUACUCUAAUUCACACAUUCAUUCUCACGGUGUGAGCCACAGCUGUUCUUAAUGUGCAUACAUACAAUGUGUGUCUUUCACAAAAUAUUUCAACUAUACUAUGACUUCUCAAAAUGAUAUAAUUAAAACCUUUAUUAGUUACCAAUAUUCCUAAUAAAGAAGUUUGUCUAAUCACAUCAUGGAGCACUAGGCCCACAAUAUACACAUCAAGAGAUGUGUUAUAUAGCUCAAAGUACAUAUUCAUAACAAUACAUAUUUCCUUGAAACAUUUGAACAUGAUAUACUCUGACACGUCACGUUCCUCACAUCUGCUCGGAGAUCCAGGACUCGUUCUGUUCCAUGUCUGCAUACAUGAAGUUUCUGUUCUGUAUCUCUGUUGCCAUGUUUAUCUGUUGCUACCUUGUGUUGCUGUGUUGUUUAUCUGUGUUGUGUACCAGCUGUGAAAACAAAUAUCCCCUUGAAAAAUAAAUCUAAAUCUAAAUCUGA